AUGGCGCUGGAUACUUCAAAUCUUGCUAUCAUUGGUGGAAUAGGUCUUCUUUCGAUUGUGGUAUUCAUUUUAUUUAAGAAGAAAGGUCAACCAGGAAAUACUGCGGAAAGCAAACGAAAAAAUGUUAUUAUUUCCUUGAAAAAUCCCGAUAUUAAAUACGCAUUUCCAUUGGUUUACAAAGAGAAUAUUUCACAUGACACACGUCUUUUUCGUUUUCAACUUCCAUCAGUCAAACACGUACUUGGUUUACCUAUCGGACAACAUGUCUAUUUAACAGCUCACAUUAAUGGUGAACUAGUGAAACGACCAUACACUCCAACAACAUCCGAUGAUAAUCAAGGUUAUUUUGAUCUUGUUGUUAAGGUUUAUCCAAAUGGCAAAAUGACACAGUAUCUUGAGAAACUUUCACUCAAUCAAACGAUUGAUGUUAGUGGUCCAUCGGGUAAUCUUAUUUACAAAGAUAAUGGUAUGUUUGACAUUCGUCCACGCAAACCUGAUCCAUUUGUAAGUCGACGUAUUCGUCGUCUUGGUCUCAUCGCUGGUGGAUCAGGUAUAACGCCAAUGUAUCAGAUUUUAAAUGAAAUUUUGAAAGAACAAAAGGCUCUUCUUCCUGGUGAACGUAUUGAUAUAAAACUUUGGCUUUUGUUUGCUAAUCAAACAGAAGACGAUAUUUUAUUACGCGAACAACUAGAACUAUUAGCGGCAUCAAAUUCUGAUCGAUUUAAACUUUGGUAUACGAUUGAUCGUCCCGGUGAUGAUUGGAAGUAUUCAAAAGGUUUCAUCAAUGAAGAGAUGUUAAAAGAACAUAUGCCACCACCCGGUGAUGAUGUUUUAAUCUGUAUUUGUGGUCCACCACCAAUGAUUAAAUUUGCAUGUGUACCCAACUUGGAGAAGUUGGGUUUCACGGAUAGCAUGAGAUACACUUUUUAA